AUGGGUAUCGGCACUUCCCGGGUUCUCAGGUGGAAGGGUCGAACUAUGCUUUCUAGUAUCGAUAGUAAUGACCACCAGUGGGAAAAGAGAAAGGUUGUUAACCCAGAACUGUACCUAAUUUCGGACCAAACAGGUGCUGUCUGUGGAAGGCUUCCCGGUGAAGUCAGUGGACAGCAGUUCCGAAUAAGAAAUUGCAAGAACUCUUAUGUUUUUGUUUAUGAUUACGUUAACACAGUUACGAUUGAUGACUGCUCAAACUGCACAAUUAUUUUUGGACCUAUACAAACAAGGUUUUGUGAAAACUGUACGAUUUUGACUGCUUGUCAGCAAUUUCGAGUCCGGGAUAGCAAAAGUAUUAUUGCUUUCAUAGCAUCAGUUUCGGAGCCUAUCAUCGAAACCAGCAGUUUGAUCCUCUUUGCUCCCUUCCAGCUUUUCUAUCCUGAACUCCAAGAUCAGUUUCGUGCUGCCGGUUUGAAUCUAUUUAAUUGCUCUUACUCCUCCAUACACGACUUUUCUGCCAGAAGUACUUCCCCAGCAAACUAUGCUUUUCUCCCCUUAUCCGAUGACAUCUCAAAGCACAUUCGUUUGCCAAAAGACCUUGAAGCUGAAAUUAGUUCGGGCGAUAAUACUGUCCGGAUCAAAGCGGGUGAAGUACUACAACGACUCAAGUCGGUGCAUGCAUCAUUAGACGCUGAUUUAUCCACAGUGCCCAUCACCUACGCCGGUUUGCUAAUAGACGGAAAUGUGGACGGAGAAUUUGCUCUAGUUGGCCUGUUUUAUCACCACUUUGUGGAGAGACACGCGAGAGAGGUUAUCAAAACUCUCUCCACGCGUUCGGUCUACUUGGUACGAACGCGAUCUCUUCAGUACUCACGUGAGGAUAUUACGAGAAUUUUUGGGGAUUCUACGCUGGCUUCCCACUCCUUGCUCGGCCUAUCCCUCUGUGGUUGCGUUCGAGUGCGCACAGUAUCGAACACCAAUUUCGUCGACCUCACAGAGGUCAAAGAGAUGGUCCUUUCGGGAUUGACUAAGCCAGUAUUUCUCUUUGUAACCGGAAAUACGUGGUGUUUUGCAGUGUCUGAAGGAAGUGUGCGAGAAGUUCGAGGGACUGAUGGGUUGAGUGGCACAAGCCCAAUGAUUACCCUGCAAUUCCAGGGUCCAACUGGUGAGGUGGGUCGUCUCUGCCAGGCGGUUAGGCGCGUUGUUCGGAGACGCCUGUUUUCAAGAGGUCGUACGCGUGGAUUAGUGGGGUCUACGGAAGAUAUAGGGAGCUGUUAUGCAAUGGAAAGGGAAAUGACUAUGUCCUCAUCUAAUCAGGGCAUUGCCUCGCAAAUGUCCAGGAAGAAUGUGUGUCCUGAUCGAAAACACAAACAAAUAAUUGAAUACCGAUAUUCGUCUCAAUACAUUGAUGAAAGUGCGAAUCAAGAAGCGCCCUCUCUACAAGCCGUUCUUGAAUCACUGGCCUCAACAUCUUCAUUUGUGCCUGCUAAUGAGGAAUCUGUCAAGGGUCUCCAUGACAUUGCCAGUACACUAUCAUCUGGCUACUUUAGCACCAGUAGCCAGUCAUUUCAACAGACCUCCGAAUUGGCUGAUUAUUUUAGUCAGGAUGAUACCUGCGGUUACGAAGGCGGCCUGUCUCGAUACUUGCGUCGUACACAGUCAAACAUACAUGAAGAGUCUUCAGAAAACUAUACAACUCUACAAACUUGGGGGGAACAGUCCAGCACAUUUCGUCGAAUUCAUAGCUCGACAAGAUCUUCAAAUGCAUAUCGAGCACUAUUUGCCGAACUUCCCACAAUCCACGAAAGGCAAAGCUUGAUAGCUCGAAAUGUUCGCUUCGCUGAACAUUCUCUGCCACAUUCGCCUGCGCACAAGAGACCGCGAUUUACAUCCCCCUCGUCUGGUGUCUUUGACAACCCACCUUCUCAAGCUGCUGAUGCUAAUCUCGAUGACACCCUCUCCGUUUCCGACGUCGGGAGUGAUGAAUCGGCCCUCUCCAUAAGUUCUCCCCUCCGACCCCACAAAUCUGGUCUCGAUAUUGAUCGAAAACAAUCCAGUCCUAAGGAAUCUCACCGGUCCGAAAUCCCACCCACUAAAAGGCAUCCCUUUUCUCGGUGUGUAUCGGUCCCCUCCAACAUUGUUCAGGACCGACUCAAUACUUCCACCGAUGCCUUAUACGAUAGACGUAAACCUAGUGUUCUUCCAGUGGUCGAACGCACAGGCGCCGGUGCAACUUUGAUUAGUGUGGACACCGUAGCCCACCUCCUAACCGGCAAAUACGCCAAAAGGAAUGUUAACUUUCUCAUUGUUGACUGUCGCUUCCCCUACGAGUAUAAUGCAGGUCAUAUAAAGGAAGCUGUGAACAUUUACACCGUGAGCGACCUGGUGCGAGAGGUCUUCCACCGCAUUCCGGCCCGAAGUCUCCUCGAAAAUGAGUCCUUUGUCUGCCUGGGUGAUCAGUUGGAUCGGAUGCUGGCGAAGGACAACCCCGAUGUGCCACUUCCAGUUGUUAGUGAUUACGUCCGAAGCGGUUAUUCGUCUGAUGAAGGUGGAGAUGAAAGUGAGGAUAGCAUUCUUGACGACGAUCCUUUUGAAGAGAAAAAGGAGGAUUCGUUCAGCGGCAAUGUCGGUGCUGAUUCACCCAAGUCUGUCAAAGAUGAAAGCAGCUUCGCCUCUCUCGAUAUCAGCGGGGAGGCAGACUCAGAGCCAAGUCAUGUUAUCAUCUUCCAUUGCGAGUUUUCAUCCCAAAGGGCGCCUGACAUGUUUAAAUUCCUGAGAAAACUUGAUCGAUCCUUGAAUAGCAGUCGGUAUCCCUUCUUGUUCUUCCCCGAGCAGUAUGUGAUGAAGGGUGGAUACUCCGAGUUCUAUCGGCGUUUUCCAGGUCUAUGUGAGCCGUCCGCGUACAUGAAAAUGUUUCACAGAAGCCAUGGGUCGGACCUGCGCUAUUACCGGCGUCUCACGAAGCACGUCUCCACUUCCUGUGAUGCCUGCUUUCGCAAUCCGAGACUUUUCAGCUUCUCUGACCUGAGCUAUUCAGAAAACAAGGAGAACGCAGCGCAUCUUCUGCGAAAGGUGCGUACGAUGUACGCGCACAAAACCUCAUCACCGCUCAGUUCACGCGCUACUAAAAGACAGAAGUUGGCCUUCGGUGAAAGUACGGCUAACAUCGACUCAGAAAGUGCUCAAUCACCAGAGCGGCAAAGAAUCGACUUAGAAUCGCCUACCACGUCCUCUCACCAACCCACGGAUAGUCCAGACGACAGUUCUCUUCGGCUUGUUGAAGCUGUGGUUAGAGUGGGCCAGCAUGUGAUCGAUGCCUUCGAGCGUAGCAGAAAGCUAGGUCUAAGAUGGUCCGCCUACUCCGAUUCGGCCACGGAUAAUGCCUCUCAGUUUCUCAUCAAGUGA